CCAAUCAUUUGCUUUUACUCUCUCUCUCUCUCUCUCUCUCUCGCGUUUCGUCUUCACAGCGAUCUCGGAAAUUAGGGUUUUGGAGACUCCGGGGUUAUUAUUUGCUUAUCUGGAAUUUCAAGAUCCCCUCGCACUCGUCCUCAAGAGAUUCCUCUCGUCAUGUAAUAAAGAUCAAAGAUAUGAUAUGGGAUUGAUCCCAGCCUCCUAAUGCUAAAUUGAUUUUUAUGAUUUAAGACCAUGAAGCCAGGACUUUCUUCUUUGAAUCCCUACGCAGCAGCAUACAUUCCACUCUCGAAGAGGGAGACAGAUGAUAGAACUUAUGUGACAACAAAAGAUUCUAGCCGCAGCAAUGAGUCAGUCUGGUUUGGGAACCCUCAGAAUUUUACCCAUAAUCAACAUCAUAGCAAACUUUAUCUUGAAUCUGAUGCCCCUGGUACUGCAACACUCCAGAGUCCAAAGUCAUAUGCUGUAAAGAACUACCCUGCUCAUGGCUAUUAUGGUUCAUCUUCGCAGAAUGUGAUUAAAGUGUCAGAAAAUAAAGAUUUUGAUAUGGAUAUGGAAUAUCUUGGGAUGUCAUUUCCUGGUAUAUCUGAUCAGUCCCUUAGUGAUGUGUAUUUGGCAAAUAGGGGCGACCUGGAUGCCACCAUUGACAUGCUGAACCAACUUGAGUUCGAAUCUUCUGAAAGUCUUCCAGACACUUUGGACAUUGGUGAUGUUUCUGAAUCUGGGUUGGUGGGCAAUAGUGCAUGGAAGCUGAAGAAUGUAGCAGGUGAAGCCAGUGGUUCGCCCAAAUCGUAGGUCCUAAGCCCGUCUCCUGUUUGAUUUUGUGGAAAACAAAGAAAUGUCAGUUGUUUUACUCUUGACGUGUUUGGUUAUAUGGGUAAAAGAAGUAUAUAAAUAGAGGAUAUAUCUCUUGGGGGAGCAUCAAAUGCACACAUAGUUUGAUGAUAUGGUUGUAUAGUUGUUAGAUGCUUGUGUUUUUUUAGACAUCUUCAGGUUUUAUGAGCCGAAAAAGCUCACUGUCCAAUUCUCUUGCUACUCCGGGUUUUUUUGAAAUGAAAGUGAUGUGCUUCUUCA